CCGCGAGAGCCGGAGCGAGGCUACGUGCAAGAAGACACAGCCAGAGAGCGGGCACAUCCGGCGCCUGGCUCCAAGGCAUCAUAAUCCCUCGGAGGCCUUUGGAAGCCUGCAGGUGGAAGGCGGCUGCUGAGCAGAGAAAGGACUGAUGUAUACAUAUGUGAUACGUAUAUAUCAGUGGCUCCCAACCUUUGGGACUCCAGGUGUUUUGGACUUCAGCUCUCACAAUUCCUAACUGCUAACAUAUUGAUCAUGGGGACUCUGAGCAUGUGCAGAAUGCCUUUCCCUCGUUGCUCAGUCCGGGAUUUCUGGGAGUUGAAGUCCAAAACACCUGGAGGCCCAAAGUUUGGGAAUCACUGGUACAAUAGAGUCUCACUUAUCCGAGCUAAACGGGCCGGCAGAAGCUUGGAUAAGCAAAUAUCUUGGAUAAUAAGGAGGCAUUAAGAAAAAGCCUAUUAAACAUCAAAUUAGGAUAUGAUUUUACAAAUUAAGCACCAAAACAUCGUGUUAUACAACAAAUUUGACAGAAAAAGUAGUUCAAUACGCAGUAACGUUAUGUUGUAAUUACUGUAUUUAUGAAUUUAGCACCAAAAUAUCACGAUAUAUUGAAAACAUUGACUACAAAAUGCCUUGGAUAAUCCAGAAGCUUGGAUAAGUGAGACUCUACAGUACAUUAUACAAAGGUGAUCCUUCCUCACCCCAUAUUGAUCACAGGGACUCUGAGCAUGUGCAGAGUGCCUUUUCCUCGUUCCUCGGUCCAGGAUUUCUGGGAGUUGAAGUCCAAAACUCCUGAAGGCCCAAAGGUUAGGAGACACUGGUAUGUUAUACUUGGCCCUUCCUCGCCCCAUAUUGAUCAUGGGGGCUGUGAGCAUGUACAGAGUGCCUUUCCCUCAUUACUCAGUCUGGGAUUUCUGGGAAUUGAAGUCCAAAACACCUGGAGGCCCAAAGAUUGGGAGCCACUGAUAUAUUAUACUUAGCCCUUCCUCGCCCCAUAUUAAUCAUGGGGACUCUGAGCAUGUGCAGAGUGCCUUUUGUAUUGUCAAAGGCUUUCACGGCCAGAAUCACUGUGGUAUUGUGGGUCUUUUGCAGUCAAAUGCAAAAGAGGUUGUGAGGUACCUCUGAGGAUGCCUGACACAGAUGUGGGCGAAAUGUCAGGAGAGAAAACUUCUGAAACAUGGCCAUGCAGCCCAAAAAACAGCAACCCUGAGCGUCUUUUUCUCGUUGCUCAGUCUGAACUAAGAAUGGAACAAACCACCUGUGUCUGUGCCAUCACCUGCCAAUUUCUUCUUCAGUUGAGCAGGGAUGCAGCAGAAUGAAAGGAGUAUUUUAAAAAAUAUUUAUGUGUUUAUUUAUGUAUAUAUAGGUAUGUAUUCUCACAGAUGUAAGGAGCUUUUAUUUUUACACAGCCCUGGGUUGUGUGAGAUGAUUGCUGUGUCUCCGAACAUGUGCAGAGUGCCUUUUCUCCUCUUAGUCCCAAUCCCAAAAGGAACAGACUGCUGUCACCUAUCAGUUUACCUUGCGGCUAAGUAGGGAUUUAGCAAAAUGGAAAGAUACACAUAUAUAUCUAUAUCUCCUUCCAUUCUGCUACAUCCCUGCUAUAAUCCAACGCUAUGCCAUGGCAUAGAUGCACCCUGUGCCUUCAAGUUGACUGUUGAUUAUGCAGAAGGUCAUUCCAUGCCAAGUGGUCUAAAAUUAAGAAACGUUCCCACCCUCGUGUUCUCCAAUUGUGUUCAAAUUUUAGCUGUAGCACCAUUUAAACUGAGCUUCCCAAAAUGUGAUGUCUCUAACUGCAAUAGCUUCAAUUGUAUUAGACUUCAAAAAAUGGCAUUUUGUUAAAUGUCGUGCGCACGCUGACUACUGCCCUUCAGAUAAGAGGGUCUAGAUGUGCAACUAUUGCAGUGAGAGUCCUCAGAUUUUGGGGAAACUUAGUUUAACACCUGAGUAGCGCUACAGCUAAAAUCUGAACAAAAUUGGAGACAUGAUGGUGGGAAGGUUUAGAACACUUGGCAUGGAAUGAACCCAGAGUUAAGUAGGUGGGCACCUGCCCUAUCAUAUCUGAACAUGCCCACUUUUCCUGGCUACUGGCUAUGAUGUCAGUAGAAGUCUUUUUAAAGAUGUUUUUUUACUUUUGCUUUUAUUGUUUUUAAUUAUUUUACUGUUAUAUGUUAUAAUUGUUUACUUUGUUACCCUUGUUUAUGCUGGGCCUGGUCCCGAUGUAAGCCACCCUGAGUCCCUUCGGGGAGAUGGUGGUGGGAUAUAAGAAUAAAGUUUUUAUUAUAGGGAUGCAGCAGAAAGGAAAGGCACUCUGUGCUUGCUCAGUCACUGUUAUCAUUUCACAUAACCUUGGGGCCUGUAAAAAUGACAACUCUUCCUCGCCCCAAGGUUAUGUGAAAUGAUAACAGUGACUGAGCAAGCACAGAGUGCCUUUCCCCAUCUUUCAAUCCAGAUCAGGAAAGCAACAGACUUAUGGUGACUGGAUGAGUUUCAGAAGAAGGUGUUUCAUCUCCCCAAGACAUGUACGGGUUUGUUAUUUUUACAGACCUCUGGAUUGUGGGAAAUGUUAAUACCAAGUGAUUCUGAACAUGUGCAGAAUGCCUUUUCUGCAUUGCUCAGUGCAAAGCAGGAGAGACACCUCUCAUAGAUUGACCAUAAGUCCAAGUAACUUGAUGGCAAUUAACAAUGACAACAAAGUCUUUGGUAGGUCAGCCUGAAAGAAUUGAUUGGUUGGGUAUGUAUGUCUUCAAGUUGCAUGUUGAUUUGUGGUGACUCCAUGAAUUUCAUAGGGUUUUCUUAGGCAAGGAAGACUCAGAGGUAAUUUGCCAGUUCUUACUCAAAUAUAGCUGAGUCAAUUAGUUGACAGUCUCCCAUCCAAGUCCUAACCAGGGCUGAUCCUGCUUAACUCCCAAUACAAAAGGUGGUUUCCUUUUACAUGUAGCCUACAGUACCUGAUAUUGGUCUCCCAUCCAAGUACUAACAAGAGCUGACCUUGCUUAGCUUCUAACAUCAGACAGGAUCUGGUGCCUUUAGGGCUUCUACAUCCUUUGAAGGCACAUUGCUGUUUAUGGGUGAGCUUGCUGUACCAUCUUGGUUGCAGAAUACAGGGGUUUAGAAUUUGGCUAGGAUGGGGGUUAAAUUCAAGGACUCUUGGCAGACUUGUUUCGCUGGUUUUUUACGAGCACAUUGUGCAUUCUUUGAAGGUCACAGAGAGCCUAUGGGUCUAUAUAAGCUAAAAGAGUCAAGGGAGGAGCUCUUGCAGGAAAUAUGCUUGCAUGUAGAAUGGCCUCACAUACUAGGUAUCUUGUAAAACUAUAUAUAUAGUAUAGAGCUUUCCAAACUGCAUGUUGCAGGAACAUAAUAGGAAACUUCUAAGUCUAUGUGAAAUCAACAAGAAACAAUAUACAGGCAGUCCUAGAGUUACAAACAUCAGACUUACCAGCGAUUCAUAGUUAAGAAUGGGGGUGAGACAACAGGAAGUGAGAGAAAUCUACCCCUUGAAAGGGAAAUUUACUUCUGGAAGAGUUAUCAUGGAGGAAGCUUUAUCACGAAUCCUUGUUUCUAUCAGAAUCCAAUUUUUUUCAAAAUCCAAUUAUCACAAAGACAGAAAGUGGAGUGAAAUCUUCUGAACAGGGGUAGAGAUAACAAAACAAACACCACAGCAGUGUUAACCUUCCCUAUUCUAUCCAAAGCAUUUUAUAUAUAUGGCUGGAGUUACACUUUAAAAUGUACCUGUUGCAACACAGAAACAAAUUCAGCUUAAGAACAAACCUACAGAACUUGUCUUGUUCACAACUUGUAGACUGCCUGUAUUUAAAAAAUAUAUAAAUCAGAGGUUUUCAUGAGAUAUGUUAUGUCCACAUAUUUCAUUAUUAUUUAUGUAUGUGUUCAUAUCUCUUAUAAGGAGUUAGUUUAACCUGCGGUUUGUUUGUAAAACAGGAUUACCGUGUCGAGUAAUGAUGCCUGUCUAAAUAGUGUGUCACCAACAUGAAAUGUUUGGAAAGCCUUGCUGUACGUUACAUAAUGACCAGAGGUGUGUAGCUAUUGAAGGAUGCAAGAGAAGGCACUGCCUCUUCAAAUAAUAAUUUCUCCACAAAUUGUUCUUCAGUCCACAAAUUUCUAGCAUUGCAGAGAGUGAGACAAUGAAAAUGGCUUACAUUAGCUUGGUUCACAAUCUCUUGCAAACUUCAGCUGCCCCUUGGGAUACUUAAACAUAGUUCCAAGUUGCUGGAGUUUUCAUAUCACAAUACUAGAAGUUUGGAGACUCAAAGAAAAUGUGUGUGUUUAGAAUUCGUAUUUAGGGAGGCUAAGCCCUCGUCUUGCUGCCCCCUCCCCAUAUUCAGUAAAAUGUGGAUUUUGGCAAUUACAAUUUGAACUGCAUCUAAUUUUAGAACAUUGUUCAUCCUUUUCUGGCUGUUCAGGAGAACUCAUGUAAUUUUCUACACUUUUCUGAAAAGCUGAUGCUCAAAUGCAUGUAUUAAGUCCUUAUGCGACAAAAAAAGUAUGUCUAAAUGAAAAAGUAUUUGUCUGAAGAAUUAAUUAAAUGUUUGGUUAAGAUGCAUUCUGUACACAUGAACCUGAGAGUAAACCCUGCCAAAUCCCAUGAACUAAAUAUACAUAGGUUUUAGACUAUUCAUUUUGAAAAUACCAUGUCGAAUUAAGUAUAAAAUAAUGUUUUUAUUGCAACUCAGAAUUUUGGCAUAAUCAUUUGUAUUGAAAUUAUAGUUCAAAUGUGAUUGUGCAAUUAGGAAUAGUGUAUUAGAGAAUGAAAUCUUUCUGAAAAUAUAUUUUUUAUUUUAGAAAUGAAUAAAAUAUGUUUGCCUAGAUUAUGUGUAUUUUUUUUCUUGGGAUAUGUCACCCCAUGGAAUUAUUCCUUUAUUUUGUCAGCUUUUCGGAGCAUUAAAAUCCUUUUCAUUUUCUAAAAUGUAAAACAAGUGUGCUUCAUUUUUCUGAUAUAGUGCUGGGAAGUAUGCUUCUACUGUUGUGUCCUGUAGCUUGCAGUAAGGCACUUGAAAAACAAGCACAGGGCAGGGAGAGAAGGCAGAUUUGAAAAUCUUGAUUUCCCUGCCCCUACUUAUGCAAAUAGGAGUGGUUCCCAGCAGACCUCCUGGGAGCAUCAUUGAAGGUAUAUUACUGCCUCAUCCUGCCAGUUCCCCCAGAUUUCUGCCACAGCUACCUCUUAGCAGGAGUGGGAGACACAAGACUUGGGGUCUCAGCAGCGUGACAAUACCAGGUGAGUGAGUUCUUGCAAGAAGAAAAAGACUGGGAGCCUUGGAAAAAUAAUUUUUAAGGACAAAGGCUCAUAGAAUGCAUUCAGCCAGCAUGGUCAGUUCCGUGAAUUUUAAACCAAAAAUAUAUAUUUUAACAAGUGAAGAGGGAAUGAAAAAAAAUCAGGGAUCCAGGCGUGCAUCUACAUUGCAAAAUUAAUGCAGUUUGAUACCAGUUUACCUGUCAUGCUUAAUACUACUAAAUGAGGGGAGUUGUAGUUAUACAAGCUCUUUACUAUUCUCUGCCAAAGACUAUUGGUGCCUCGCCAAACUGAAGAUUCCAACAUUCCGUAACAUGGAAAUGUGGUAUUAAAAUUGUACCAAACUGCAUUAAUGUUACAGUUUAGAGAUACCCAAGGUUUCAUUAUGAGAGUUAAUAUUCAAGUGUUUUAUCACUGAUAUAUUAGUGAUUAGAAUUGUAUUAGUGAUUGGGUGAUAAAAAGAUAAAGGUUUCCCCUGAUGUUAAGUCCAGUCAUGUCUGACUCUGGGGGUUGGUGCUCAUCUCCAUUUCUAAGCCGAAGAGUCAGCGUUGUCCGUAGACAUCUCCAAGGUCAUGUGGCCGGCAUGACUGCAUGGAGCGCCGUUACCUUCCCACUGGAGCGGUACCUAUUGAUCUACUCACAUUGGCAUGUUUUCGAACUGCUUGGUUGGCAGGAGCUGGAGCUAACAGCGGCCACUCACACCGUUCCCGGGGUUUGAACCUGUGACCUUUCGGUCUUCAGCUCAGUGCUUUAACACACUUCACCACCUGAAAGGAUGUUACAUACAAGAUAGAGUGGACUUGUUUUCUGCUGCUUGAAAUAAUCGAAUAGAAACCAAUGAUUCCAAUUUCAAGAAAGGAAAUUCUGCCCAAACAUUAGGAAGAACUUCUUAACUCUAAAGGCCCUUCCACACAGCCCUAUAUCCCAGAAUAUCAAGGCAUAAAAUCCCACAUUAUCUGGGUGUGACAAAUGAGAUAUUGUGGGAUUUUCUGCCUUGAUAUUCUGGGAUAUGGAGGGCAGUGUGGAAGGGCCCUAAGAGCUGUUCAACAGUGGUAUUGACUUUGUCAGAAAGUAGUGGACUCCUCUUCUUUAGAGGCCUUCAAACAGAAGUUGAAGGGGCAUGGUCCAGGAGUUUUUUUAGUGCAUGGCAGUGGAUUUGAGUUGAUGGUCCUUGCAGUCUUUCCCAAUUCUGUGAUUCUAAUGUGAUCAGUCGAUAUAUACGUUUGAAGUUUUCUUGAGAGAUGAGGUUGAGUCUAAAUCCCACAAUUCCAGAGUGGUUGGAGAGGUUCUCUUAUUUUAGAAACUGAAAUCAUCUGUCAGUGUCCAAAAGGCUUGGAGUUUUUCUUCGUAGCUUCUGGUGUGAGAGUAUUGGCUGUCUGCAAGGACGUUGCCCAGGGGACACCCAGAUGUUUUACCAUCCUGUGGGAAGCUUCUCUCAUGUCCCCACAUUGAGAGCUAGAGCUGAUAGAUGGAGCUCACCCUGUUCCCCACAUUUGAACUGCUGGUCAGCAGUCCUGCCAGCACAAGGGUUUAACCCAUCCCGUCACUGGAGACUCCAACACAUAGGUCUGUUUAAUGGUUCCAGAUUUCCUUGGUAGUGUGUGGGACUCAACCUGCAUAAAUAAUAUGUGACUAUUACUUUUAUUGCAGUCUGGGCUUCUAACGUUCUCCAAACUUAAAACAGAAAAAAGUUCUCAUAAAUCCGUCUACCUAAUAUGAGGCAAAUUGCUCCCCAGAAAUGUUUUGUAGGAUGCAGGAUGCCUAUAAUUUCUAAGUAUCAGCCCCAUAGUCCUUCCAAUCAAGCCCACAUUUGCAAUCUAUGUUGUACUGUACAUGUAUUAUGUUCUUACUUCCGCUGUAUUAAACUGCUUCUGCCUUUAGUUGUUGUGGAAGAUGUGGUCCUGUCGAAAGAAAACCCCAUGAUAGGUUUGCCAAAGGUCACCUUGUGUCCGAAAUUACUUGAAGGCAAACAACAGCAAAAUAGAAAAAAGGACAUGUAGUUAGCUCCCACACUAUUAUAAGCCUGUGUGUGACAGUGUGUGUGAGAGAAAGCAGGUUGUGUGAAGAUGCAUACAGUAUGUGAUAUGGAUUUAACCAGUUGCAAAAUGUGUGUGCACCUCCCUAAUCUUCUGUUCUCUGGUCUUGACCAUCAUGCUCUUCUACAGAACUUCACCCUGCCACAUUCCAGUGGCACAACGAAGAGAAGUCACCCACCCAUGGCAUCCACUACACAAUCCAGUUCCCUGCUGUCCCUGCUCUAUCUGGUCCUGUUGACCUUUGUGGGGAGUGCUGUGCUCCUUGCUGAGAUGCACCAGCACAGCUUGCUGAGUCGCAAUGUCCUUACGUUUCUGGGGGCACUCAUGAUUUCGUCCUGCGUCUGGAUGCUCUGGUUUGGAUGGCAGUCAGCCAACAACAGGCAACUGAAAAUGCAUCAGGAUCACCAGGCUGGAGCAAGCUGGCUCAAAGGGGGACUGUCUCUUUUUGCACUGGCCACACUGGUUUUGGACUGCCUCUCCUUGGGCUACUACUAUGAGCUGCAGCACUGUGCCUCGAUGUUAAUCACCACCUUCCCUGUUGUACAAGCUGUCUUCACCAUCAUUCAGGUCUCGUUGCUGUUGUUUAAUGCUAAGAUUUGCAUUCAAGAACACCAGCAUAUAAACAGGUUUGGGUUGAUGCAUACUUUGGCUACUAAUGUGCUCCUGUGGAUGAGUGUGGUGCUGGAUGAAUCUAUGAAGCAGCUAGAAGAAUUUUAUGAUGCUCAGAAGGGAGAUAGCCCUCAGAUUCCUCAUGGCAGCCCCAGCACCAACAGCUGCAUUUGUAUCACCAGCCUGUGCCACAGCUUUUCGGAGGGUGCUGCCUACCUGCAUCCCUUCAACAUUGAGUUCAGCCUCUUCUCUUCUACAAUGUUGUAUAUCAUUUGGAAGAACACUGGCAGGGAAGGCCAUCACCAGAAGCCCCCAAUAGGCCAGAAGGCACACUUCCACCUCAGUGGGGCUUUUGUGGGACUAAUUUUAGGGGCUUUGGCCAUUUCAGCAACUUUUGGGGUGAUGAUCUCAUUUGGAGUGCUCGCCAAGCUGCCUGAAACCAUUCCUGAAGCUCUUCGAACAUACUACAUCUUCAACUCCGUUUUGUUGUCAGUCAUGUUCUUGGCGACUUUGAUUGGCAUCACCACCUACAGGAUGAAGAGAAAAGGUGGAGCUCUUUCUUCCGAUAAGAGUGUGGUAAGAAACUUGGAUGUUACCUUGCUUCUGGGUAGCUCCUGUGGUCCCCUCAUGGUGUCCAUAUUUUCAUUGGUAGCCAUCUUCUUUCUCCAUGCCAGCGGCAGUCUCCAUCUCCUGGACUUCUGCUUCUCUCUCUGUAAGACCAUUCAAAUACUGGGACAGAAUCUGUUCAUUACUGAAGCUUUGUACUCUAGCCCCUCCCAUGAUGAAGCCGAUUCUCAAGAUAAUACUGAAUUUGCUGGUAGCAGCUGGGUGUUUUCCAUUUCUAGAUCUCCUAUGGAGCAAAACAGCAAUGAAUCUUUCUCCAAAACUCACACAGUGACCAACUUUGUGGCCAAUUUAGACAGUCAACUAUCUCAGCAAUUGAACGACUAUGAUGCUGACCAGCCCCAAUUGCAAAUUCUUCCUUCUCAAGGAGAACCUAAGAAACCAAGCAUCAGAAGAAAGAUUCUACAAAACAUUUCAAUUCUCCUCAUCUUCUACAACAUCUCGGUUUGGAUUCUGUAUGCCUAUGGCACACGCCCACACUUGGUAAGCCAAAUUGAGCAGUCUUUCUAUGGUUUCACGCUCUGGGCCAUUGUAGUCAAGAUCUCCCUGCCACUGGGGAUCUUCUACCGCAUGCACUCUGUGGCCAGUCUCUUUGAAGUCUACUGCAAGACAUGCUGAAUAAGUGCCAGCCUUGAAGCAAUGAAUAUUUCUUAACAUCAUGAGCAAAGUAUGACCAACAGUAGACAUUUCAAGGAAGCCAAGAGGAGCUUGUUGUGCUAACUUGCAUUGUACCAAUACACCAAGCAAAUUGCAUUUGUUCUCACCUGUUAUCAGGUCCACUGAGUGUGACUUGGAGCAAGAUGUAUAAUUCGACCCCUCCUUCUUAUAGCCCCUCUCAUGACAUACUAUACAGUGGCAGGGCUCAAUAUAUACAGUGGCUAAGGGGAUCCAGGAGGUGUAAUCCACACUGAGUGACACCAUCAGAAUGGGUGACACCAAAAUGACUGAGGCCCCUUCCACACAGCUGUAUAAAAUCCACAUUGAUCUGGAUUAUAUGUCAGUGUGGACUCAGAUAAUCCAGUUCAAAGCAGAUCUUGUGGAUUUUCUGCCUUGAUAUUCUGGGUUGUAUGGCUGUGUGGAAGGACCCUUAUACACAGUGUUUCAGCAGAAAUGUAUUUAUUUUUUCUAAAAAUAGCCCUGUAGUUAAAUAUAGCCAUAAAUACAUUUUUGUAAACCUAGUUUCCCAAAUAUUGUAUCAAUAUACCUAAAAGACUAAAACUCUAUCCUGAUUUACUUUUUGAACUUUUGAGUGCAUAUGCACUCUAGCUGAAGCUUUCACCCAGUUACAAUGACACUUGAAAUCAUUUGGUUUCAUCUGCAUGUGCUACAGGCACACACUGUUGUUUUCAUUACUGAUAGUUUUUAUAGUCACUGAUUUUUGUCAAUUCUUUGGAAUAUUAGCUACAAUGUUGUGGUAUGGUAUAUGGGGAUGACACCAUGGGUUACUGCAGUGAUAUCAACCUAGUGGACCAGUGUAGGGGUUACUAAGGGAUUCUUCAGAGAAGUUUUCUACUCUACAGUUGGAAAGGAAAGCCUCAAUCCAAGCAGAUUUUAAUAGCAUCUCAGCAGGAUGGGGUUUGUGGAAUAUUAUUACUUGCCUACAGCCUUUGAGCUAGGAUGGCCAUGACAAAAAAAAUCAAUCAAUUUUGUUUGUGUUUCCAUGUUAUAAGGGAAAGUCUACCUCCCACAUAAAUACACACCUGCAUCCUGGCAGGGAUCAGCUGAAAGUGAGCUAGUUGAAGGUAAACAGAACCAAUUUACCAAUACUCAGUCUUGCCUCUAUGACCAAAAAUACUGUAUUGUAGUAUAAGUACUUACUUCCACAGACCAAGAACUAAUUAUUUAACCUUUUGAUAUGUUAGAUACAAUAAAUGGUACAUUUCUUUUUCUGC